CCUGUGAUAUAGCCAAGGUGGUUGAAACAACAAAGACGUGUGUUUGUUUGGGUUAAUAUUUACAGAAAUUUAAUAAUAAUAAUAAUAAUAAUAAUAAUAAUAAUACCAUAAAAAAGUAAUUGUUGCAAUAACAAUCAAUCGAGCAUUUUGUGUCAGUCUAAAUUAACAUCGGACAUAAUGGCAUGUGUUACUAUUUUCUGUCGGGAUGGACAUCGACACGAAACUCUUGCAAGUUCUGACUUGAGGAAUACAAGUGCCACGUUUGGUUCCAUACUGUCACGCAUGCCCCAAAAUGGAUCACACAACAUUUUGCUGCCCGAGAGUUGCUCGGAAACAACACAGAUUUUAAGCUGUUUGAAAAAUGAAGACUGUCAGUUUGCAAGCGCAGACAAUGCAAUGCAAAUGUACAGAAUAAGCAAAGACUACGAUAUAACGGCCCUGAAAGACACAAGUCGUGAUGCCAUAAUUAAAUUAAUACGUUUCAGUAAUCUUUGUUCCAUUUACGACUUCUCGUAUGACGAAGACGACAAGUUAAUUCAAUACUACUGCUGGAGGGAGUUCGAUUCAUCGUGGAAACUAGUAUUUAGACACCUGGACUUUUUGCGGUGUGACGAAAAAAUCAUCGAGAGAAUCGUUUCUCGUCCCGUGUACGAUACUUUAGACGAGAUAAAUUUGAUCCGCGGCAUCUACUAUUGGGCAUCCGAGAAGAUUCAAGCACUAGGAGUGGUAUUCCAAGAAGACGACUUCUAUGUACAAAUGAGAACCAUUCUAGAGCCAUUCCUUCCAUCAAUUCGUGUCCUGGCGUUGUCGAAGGAUGAUCUAAACACCGGCAUAUACGAUAAGUUCGAGAACAUUUUAACAGAACUAGAAAUACGAACCAUCCACGAUUGUAUAGAGCGCGGCUCAAAAAACGAAAAAGUUCCAGAAUGCGUGUGUAAUACCCGAGUACAACGGAAAUACUCAGACGAAACGUGGAUUACGUACAACCACCGAGGCGAUCCCAUUCGGGACGUGGCCAAAUCGAGUGUCACAAAGAAAUCCGAAUUCGUCUGUGAAGUAAAAGUUGAGGCCGAUUGUUUUCUAAUUAAAAUAAUGCUGCCGAUAGGACACAAGGAAGAAAACGGAAUAAUGAUUGAUUUUUCAGGUUACGAGGAUGCUCCAGACAAUCCUAUAAUAGAAAAUUUAUCUUUGCAAUGUAACAAACAAGGGGUUAUAAAAUUGGAUCGCCCCAUUCUUCUGAAAAAGAAUUCGACGUACCGUUUCAAUGCGAAAAUAACAGACGAAGAAAAAAUCCCCGAAAAUUCCGUACAGGCGGAUCCUCAAAUACACUAUUUCUACAAGAAAGGCAAACAAAAUCCCAAAAUCUCCAAUACGAAAGUAUACUUUCAUAUUACUACCUACUUCUUAAAUUAUUAAAUAAAAUUUUGCCUUGUUCUUGUCUGUAA